UUUUCUUGGGAACGUUGUCACUGACUCUGCAGAUCUGAUCUCAUCUUUGAAGCUGAUCAGUGAACCAAAAUACACAAAUUCGAAUCAUUUUGUACUUCAAGCUUGUGUGAGGUCUGGAACGAAUCGAGCUGUGGUUGAUAGAGAAUGAUAUUUGAGUAGCACACAUUUCAACCACCAUGCGCUUCCACGGAUUAAUUGUGCUUCUGGUGAUAUGGCUCCCUGAGUGCGUGUUUAGCAUGCACGCCGAUCAAGCAGGACUUUAUGAUUGGAGACGACGUUUCAUAGGUGCAGCAAACUUUGCUAGAUUUGACCAAUCAUCGCACAGCAGUAGGAGAGUUGUACUGGCUACGCAAUCAGGUGUCUUGGCUUCCAUCAAUGCCAGAACUGGUCAACUUGGCUGGCGCCAGGUAUUUGCAAAGUCUGAUGACAUCAAUGCAUUACAGCAUCGUGGAACAGUGCUUGCAACAUUGUCAUCUGGUGGUCAGUUGCUGCGUGGCUGGGACGUCGCCACCGGUAGUUUGGCAUGGGAGACAGUUGCCUCAGAAAGCAGACGGAAAGAAGAUAAUGUGACAUCUGCCAUUCUCGUGGAGAGUAAAUCAGGAAAGAGUACUGCUAUUGCGGUAUUGCUUGGCGACGACCUUCAGCUCUACUCUAGCAAAUCUGGACAAAGAUUAUGGGGAGUUUCACUCUCUGAAAGCUCUUUGAAAUGUGAUUUUAUUCAUGCAACGGCGGGUCAGUUGCGGGCUAUUGGAGUCAGCAAUGACAUGGAUUUGACGGUUAUUACCUAUCAUGCAACUAACGGUGAUGUCGUGUCAAAGCAUACGUUGCCGGCAGCAUGGAUAUCUAGUAAGCCGCUUGACUGUAUUGUGCUGGGCAGCUCGUUCCUGGUCUGCUUGGAUCAUGUCACAUUCUCUCUGCAAACUGCCGUGCUGGAGCUUGAAACUUCAACUUUCGUUGCGACAUCACUGAGUUCUCUGGGAGUGGACAUGGACCAAGCUGCCAUGGACUCUGUCUCGUUGAAAAGUCUGAAUCUAGAAGCUAGCACCUCUGUUGGAGCAUCACUGCCAGCAACACUUCAAAUGCAGUUUCUACUCUCGUUGAAUCCGUCACACAAACUACUGCUGAAAGUGGAUGAGGGUUCGGCUGCUGUUUCACUUGUCCGAGAGUUUUCCAAGGCAAAUGUUCAACUCUACCCAGCAUUUUAUGGUGAUCAAGGGCACUUGUUGAUGUUGGAACAUGAUUCUCAAAGUGAGUCACUGAACUUGGAAUGGCUGGAUCUGUCUUCUGAUCGACUCGUCACUGAGCUAGCUCAGAAAGUUCAUCUUCCUGCACAUCACGGUGCACCAGUCGAUACAUGCAUCUACCUAUUCAGUAAGAAGGACUCUACCCUUGGCUACAGAGUCCUGUUGCAGACGGAGGAUCAUGCACUCUCGCUCGUCCAACAGAGCGCACGGCUGAUGUGGACUCGAGAGGAAUCAUUGGCGAACAUUGUAGCCACCGAACUGGUCGAACUACCCAUUUCUACGUCAGAGGAGUUCUUUGAGACACUGCACGAGGAAUUUGGUUCUGCAGGAAACGUUCUGUCGGCGUUUGUGCAGCGUGUAACAUCACAGCUGAUUCAAGCCCAGCAUUGGCUUACAUCACUGCAUGGCCGUAAGCAAGCACCUGCCCAGCGGCAUGCCAGUGGUGAGCCUGCAGCUACUGAUGCCGAAGAAAAUGAGCACAAAGAAGACUUCUUGCGUGACCAAUUCAACUUGCAUCGGAUGAUUGUUGUUGCAACGGCGGUUGGCAAGAUAUUCGGCAUUGACAGUCGUGAUGGCAGUGUCCAUUGGCAGCAGUUUCCAAGAGGUCUCAGCCCUUUCCGCCAGGACCUGACAUCCGAACAACAAGACCAGUAUGGUCUUACACAUCAGGAAUCCUAUCAGUUGAUCGUCUUGCGUAGUGUCCAGCACUUCCCACUUGAACCACUGGCAGUUCUGUUUGCCGACAGCAAGAGUUCCGAGUGCUCAUCAGCAGCAAUGCUCUUCUUCAACCCAAUAACGGGCGAACAGCAAGCAAACGAGCCUAGCGGACUUGCCGCCAGUGUUGGCACAUCAUUGGGAUGGAGCUGUCUGCCUUUCAAACCUGUCACAAGCGUCGUCCUGCCCGUGGUGGAUGCAUCAGCGCGUAGAGUGAUGGCCAUACUCGACCAGGACAAGCAGGUUCAUAUCCUGCCUGCAUCCAGCGCUGCUGAGAAGUCUAUCCUUGCACUGAGCCAGUCUGUGUACCUCUAUGUUAGUGGAAGUCAGUCCAGUGUUGUGCAGGGAUAUCACCUGACACAUUCCGAUCAGACUGGAUUCACUGCGACACCAACAUGGCAGGUUACCAUACCUAGUCACGAGCAAGUUAUGUCCAUCACGGGAAAAUCCCAGAAAGAAGUGAUCAAUUCUUUAGGGAGUGUGAUGACCAAUGGCAGUGUCCACUACAAGUAUUUGAAUCCCAACCUGUUUGCCAUGGUGACAGAGAGCCGCGACAGCUCAAAGCCUGCCGUGUCCCUGUAUCUUGUGGAUGGUGUAACCGGUGCUAUUGUCUACCAUGGCCAUCACAAGGGACUCAGUGGACCUGUGCACUUGGUUCACUCUGACAACUGGCUGGUGUAUUCAGCAUAUCACAGCAAGCUACGUAGGUCUGAGGUGAACGUUGUGGAACUCUACGAUGGUUUUACGCAGCCACCAACGGAAGGCUUUUCUUCCAUGAAAGCACCGUCUGAUGUAACUGUUCUCACUCAAUCAUACAUCUUCCGCACUGUCAUUAACACACUGGCUGUGUCUUAUACUCGACGUGGUGUGACGCAUCGUGAUAUGCUCUUUGGCUUGGAGAAUGGUGGUGUGCUGUCUCUUGUCAAGUUCUUUAUGGAUCCUCGUCGACCACUUGAUCCAACGAAUAUUCAGGCGGAGGGGACAAUGCCAUAUUUACCAGAGCUGCCGUACAACACACUCUCACUUAUCAACUACAACCAGUCGGUGACUUCCGUUCGUCAGAUACAUACUUGCCCAUCUGGCCUAGAAUCAACCUCGUUGGUAUUUGCACAUGGCCUUGAUCUCUUCUUCACUCGCCUCUCUCCGUCGAAGACAUUUGACCAGCUUCCAGCAGACUUUGACAGACUAUUUAUUAUAGGUAUCUUGGUCCUUUUAGGUACAGUCACAUUCGUUUCUUCUCGCCUCUCUGCCCGUAAAGCUCUCCAGCAGUCCUGGAAGUGAUGACGAGUGUAUUCGUUUUUUACCGCUGUAGGCUUUACAAAUUCCUGGUCGUUGCAAGGCAGCCGGGUGGUGCGCCAACGCUGCACGUCCACACAGUUGUAAACAUGGUGCUGUACCGGCACAGCACAUUCGCACGGUCGCUGUGCUCUGUGUGAUAAGUACUACUGAUUCUACUGCUGCUGCUGCCACUGCUGUUUGGAUCUGCAGAGCAGCUGCAUUACAUAUCGCGUCACCACCUUUGCUAUUGCUGUCAUCACAGCUGGCUUCUGUCAGCACACACACAGCAACUGAACAGUAGCUGCCGUGACAAUAAGGAGGCAAUGUGCCACGCUCUCCUGUUUGGGCUGCCUUGAGUUGGUUUGUAACCGGACUAUGAUAACGUCGUGCCAUUCAGUGUUUGUCAUGUUUUUAGGCUUAUUGUGAAGCAUACUGUGUGCCGACUGGACCAGAUGCUCAUGGUCUACGUGCCACUGGCCUCUUCCCAAUAUCACUGAGCUCCUCUCUGAUACACGAUGUGCCUUCCCAGGCAACAUGGAUGAUUUUUUUUGUAUUUUCUCGAAAAUGAUCAGCUUUCCAAAGCUCA